AUGUCUCAAUUUACAAAAGCAACGACCCCAAAGAAAAUCUUCAUGGUCGAGAAAGGGUUCUAUUAGAUUAAUUUAGAAGAUGGAACUAUUUAGAAGUUAGGACCAGAGAAGAAAAAUUACAAGUUACCUUCCCAUUCUUAACACAAAUCUCUAAAAGUAGAAAAAGAUCUCCUAAUAGCCAAAGGAUAAUAAAAUUAAAAUUCCACCUAAAGAGUAUUGACUCAUUUGAUUAUAUAUAGAAUAACUAAGAAACCAGAAAGAAUUAAGAAGGUACUAGAAAACUUAAUUCACAAAGGAAUAAUUGA